GAAGCAUUGCAGCACUCGGUUGGAUCUUGGCUCGGGACUUCGAACGGGUAGCUGCAGCGUGGUACCUAGACAAUCCCCUGGAAACGGCGCCCCGGCUGGCACGACUGAGUAACAGCCCGACAUGCGCGUAAUCUAGGCACGCACAACGCUGUUCCGGUUUGGCAAACCGCAAGUCGCACAUUGCGACAGCCCUCGGCGUCGCGUAUCAGGGAGAAAGUCGGUAGUGCAAGCGUCGGAAAUCUCGGCCUCGAAUAACCGAUGAACUACCAGCAUUAUGACCAAGGUGGCCAUUAUGGCAUACCAAGCUACCCUUCUCAGCCAGCUCGCAACCAGCGAGACUCACUGCCUUCGCAAGGUCGGCGCACUCCUCUGGCUCACUACGCCGAUGCACCGUCACAGCGAGGACCUCGAGGGAUGAUGCCGGUACAACCUGCGCAACGACAGAGUGCGCCUUAUCGACCCACGGAGAACCUGUACGAUGGCAGUGCGUAUGGCGGGCCAGAGUAUGUCGACCAGGUAGAUUGGCCCUUACCAGCAGCACCAAGACCGUAUGCGCAGUCACCGCGGAGCGGCAGCCCGACCGGGAGUGCAGGCGGUCGACGUCCACCACCACGUCCUCAAAGACCAGACUACCAGCCGCCGCCGCCCAAUCCACCAAGACAGUCACGAGUGUCUCCUAGCAAUCAGCAAUACCGACCAGGUCCUGCUCUUCCUUCACAGCAAGUGUAUCACGAACCGCCCCAGUGGACCGGAGACGGUUACACUUCACCGUCAGCUGGCUAUCCUCCGCCACAACCGCAGCACAUCUAUCAGCAGGGUGCAUACAUUCAAGCGAACAAGCGCCCACCGCUCGGUCCGCCCCCAACUUCGCGUAGAGGACAUCCAUCCUAUUACCCGCAUGUAGGCCCGGUUCACCCAAUCGCCGAAGAGACCGAUAGCAUGUACGGCAGUACUCGCGGCCACAGCAUGGUCGGCAAUCACGACAGCAUGAAGUCGAAUGCUAGCAGCAACGCUAUCCCGAUCGGCAUCCCAGAUUACUAUUUGCAGGAAACGGAGAGCGUAACGAGCCAGCCUGGAGCCGAGCGGCCCUUUUCUUCAGAACAUGAGUAUGAGGACGAGUCGCCAAUUGACCCUUCACCAACUAGCGGGAAGGACAGCAGAAUUAGUCAGGGGACGGAAAGUUCGGGUAUUAGUAGCACCCCACCGAGUCCAGAGCCAGCCCCGUUGGUAAGGCAGGCCAGUCUUGGAAGAAAAAGCAAACCCACCUUGACAACUGUAAGAAGUGCUGAGCGGAUGCGGAAGGGAAGCUUGGGCGACGGUGGACUUGCUUCGCUACCCAGUCAGCAGAAGGGUGCCACGUCCGUCACGGCUCCAACAAUGCCGUUUGCGGCUUCCAACGCUGGGCCCGCUCCUGAACCAGCUGUCCCAUAUUUGAAAGCCAGGGAGCGUGAUGUUUCCGGCUCUGUUAUGUCGAAUGCACCUCCGAACGUGCCUGCAGCAGGCGAUGUUGCGGCAUUGGCUGCGCCCCGCUUCUUCUCUGCUAAUAGGUCCGGCGAUAACCUAUCGCAUCGAACAACCAGUAGCGAGGCGCUUGGCUCGGGCGCCGGCCUUCUCUAUCCCAGCUCAUCGGAGUCCGAGAGGGAGGUCAAGAAGAACCCGCCCAAAGAGCGCGUGGGCGAAAGCGGGAAUGUGCAACAGGCUUUCCGUGAGCGCUCGCCUCUCGCGAAUGAGGUCGACCCACGUGAAACGAUCUUGGCAGGGCUUGAGGGGGGCGGCGCACUGCCUUCCUCAGCAGCCGCUGCGGUACGAGAAUCCGACCAACUUCCCAAACCUUCUGCUGGCUUCUCCGAGCGUGCAGGUAAACGUCGCCCACCACGGCUCAACGUUGAUGUAGUACGUGAGGCUGAGGCUCGUGGCAGCUUGACAAGUCUUUCUGAUUUGAUCAAGCGCGCAACCCGUCUUGCAUCGAACCUUGACCGUGGCAAGACUGCCAGUCGACUUGGGGCAGGCUGGAUCAGCGAUGAAGCGGACGCCAGCGACAAUGAGAAGUUUGGCGCAAAGUUGAAUAACCGCGGAUCGGGCAGUAUCUCUGACAUACUUGCCAACUUCCCUCCGCCAGGACUCAGCACGCCGCCUCGCAGCCGAGGCAACGAUGGUGAUGAUGCUAGGAGUGGAAGCAUAACUAACUGGAGUAGCAAGUUGAAGCGAAGCCACCUGCCGAGCGACAGCGAUCCGGGUGCGGACAGCCGUGAGCGGAGAAGGCGGUGUUGCGGCAUGCCAUUGUGGCUCUUUUUGCUACUUCUCAUUGCGCUCAUCCUACUGAUAGCGGCGGCCAUCAUCGUACCAGUUGUGCUCAUAGUGAUUCCGAGGCAGAAUCAGACUGCCAACAGCUCGACCAACACGGCCAUCAAGACAUGUCAGAGUCAGCUCACUUGCCAGAACGGCGGCGCGAAUGUCAUCACGAGCAUGGGUGUCUGCCAAUGCGUGUGCGUCAACGGCUACACAGGAUCCACUUGCAAUACGCAGUCUGGAGCCGGAUGUACUUCGAUGACUGUGGGUUCUAUGACUGACGCUACCAUUGGUAAUGCGAUACCCAGGCUGCUCGCUGGCGCUGAGGGCAACUUCAGCGUGCCUUUGAACGCGCAGACGCUGCUCGGGCUCUUCUCUGGCGCAGACCUGAGCUGUCAGUCGGAGAAUGCGCUGGUGACGUUCGACAACUCAGCGGGUGUCAAACGAGACUCCAGUCCUACCCCGACGCUCAACAACAGGCAAGCCGCCACAAGCAACGGCAUCACGUACGACACUGGAGCUCCUCCUUCGCCUACCAACAGCAGCUCCUCGGCGUUGACACCUUCGGCGACCGCCAGCGCAAAUAGCACCAGUACGUUGACGCAGGAGGACUUCGCUCGUGUUGCCGUACUGUACGUCUUCCAGGCCUCUGGGCAGCUCAACGAUGCUGUUGUUGCGCAAGAAAACCUGCAGACGUACUUUAAGAAUGCUGAAAGUGGUUCCGGACAGACUGCUGCAGCGAACAACAUUACGCUUGGUAACGGCUUUCUCUGCAGCUUAAGCGGAUUCAAUAUCAAGCUGAGUAAUGGCACCACUGUGGGCAGGAGCUGAAGUACUUGUGCCAUAGCUCCUG